UCAUAGUGAAUCUCAUGGGUGACAAUAUGCAUGCGUCUGUAAAAAGUCGCAUUGAACAAAAGGGCAAACCAGUGUAGUAAACGACCACCGCUACUCUCCUUCUGGAAAAAUUCUUCGGGCACCAUAUAUGAACUUCAUUGAACAUUUCCUAGCAACUUCCAAUAACUUGCCUCUUUCCAUCACUUCGCUUUAAAGCUCCAAUGGAUAAACACAUGAGAUUCUUACCUCCACUGAUUAGUUAUAAUCCUUAGAACCACACAGAGAUAUGGAGCACGAAGCUUUUACGAUUGUCACUAUUGUCAAGGAGGAAGAGAUCAAUCCGAUAAGCAACUUCAAAAGAAAGGGGAAAUCUUUAGCAAGUGAUGCAAGUUCCAGCCUAAUUCAAGAAGAUGGGGAAAUUCCUGUUCCAUCAAGUUCAACAUUGUCUAGCCUAAGUCAAGACGAGCACCAAGUUCCUGCACCAACUGAGAUCCAAAGCCAAGAGGAACCUGAACAAGAUGAAGCUGCACUAAGAAACUCAGUGACUCUUAUUGAGCGUCGUCUUCAGGAAAAGCGUCAAGCAGUAAUGACACGAGGAAAAGGCAGGAAUUCAUCUGUAUGCAUCUUCAGGUUUCCUCCUCGUCUUGGAGAAAUCAAUCCAAAUGCCUCUCAGCCUGAGCUUGUAUCUAUAGGCCCUUAUCACAGGGGCAAGGAUCAUUUACUUGAGUUUGAAGAUCACAAGUGGCUCUUCCUUGAGAAAUUCCUUUCUAGAUCAAGCGCUUCUGGAAGGGGUUUGAGGCACUAUUUAAGUAGAUUGAGAAAAGAGGAAGUGGAUAUUAUAAAUUGCUACUCGGACGUUAUUCAGAUGUCAAGUGAUGACUUCGUUGAAAUGAUACUGCUUGAUGGUUGCUUUAUCAUUGAACUUUUAAUCCAUCUUAACCAGGGUAGAGACAUUAUCGAUGACGAUGAUCCAAUCUUCACAAGGCCCUGGUUGAUCCCAAUUCUCAUUAGAGACCUACUUAAGCUUGAUAACCAGCUCCACUUUUUUGUUCUUGACUUCUUGUAUCAGACAUCUGGAAUUGGGAAUGAUAUGGAACAAAAGCUGGGUCCUUUACCCAUACUUGCCUUGAGAACCUUUGAUCAAGCCUCUCCAAGACCUAUGGGAAAUCCUAACCAAUUCUUUCGCUACAAAGGGGAGCAUUUGCUUCACUUGGUUUAUUCAAGUUUAGUUUGCUCAAUCUUGGCAACUCACUGUGAUCAGUUGGAUGAAUAUUGCCCAUCAGAUCAGUCAAUACAAUGUGUCACACAGCUUAGACCAUCAGGAGUGAAGUUCAAGUCAACAAAGAGAGACAGCUUCUUGGAUAUAAAUUUCAAAAACCAAGUGCUAGAAAUUCCAUCCAUUACAGUCAAUGACUUCACAAGCACCCUCCUCAUAAACUGUGUAGCCUUGAAACAAUGCCAGGAGAAGAGAUCCAAAUACUUCACAGAAUAUGUCUCUUUCAUGAGUUGUCUCAUCAGCCAACCAAGAGAUGUAGCACUCCUUUGCUCCGAUGGAAUCGUCACGAGGUUUUCCAAAGAUGACAGAUAUGUUGUUGAUCUUUUCACUAAUCUUGGGAAGAACACUGACUUCAACAUUCGAGAUAGUUAUCUUUCCAAGCAAUUCAGAGAAGUUGAAUCCUAUUACAGCAGCAACUGGGCUACCAUAAGACGAACUUACUUUAGUAGUCCAUGGUCAUUUAUCUCAUUGUCUUCUGCCAUCCUCCUCUUAGUUCUUACAAUGACACAAACUGUAACGUCUGUCUUAACUUUCAAGUGCCAGUUGGGAUAAAAGAUGUUUUUUUUUUC